UCUCUCUCUCUCUCUCUCUCCCAGCUCAUGAUCCAAAACCCAAAGUCAAGCAUGCAGAUAGCUCCUCCAUAUCCCACACUUAGGGUUUCUCUACACUUCUUCCUUUCUUAGAGAGAGAGAUAGAUAGAUAGAUAGCCACAAAACCAAUUCAUCCAACCCAUUACUGGUGUCAGAGAGAAGCCCCCAUUUUUUGAUGUUUCUGUUCAUAGAAAGAUUUGAUUGUGUUUCUGAUGGAUUUGUGUCAUGAUUGUUGAAAAAGGGUUGAAUCUUUGAACUGGGUUUGGGCUUUUUCUGAUUAAAAAAGUUGGGUUUUUUUAAUACAAGUGAAGUGAAAUUUCAUGAGUUUUGGGGGUUUUCUUGAUAACAGUCACGGCGGCGGCGACGGUGGAGGGAGUGGUGGUGGUGCUAGAAUCGUCGCCGAUAUUCCAUAUCAUAUGCGCGGCGGUGCUAUGUCCAAAUCCAUGUUCUCCUCUCCCGGCCUGUCACUUGCUCUUCAAACUACGAUGGAGGGCGGUGGAGGUGGUGGUGGGGUUGGUGAGAUGGGAAGAAUGCCGGAAAGUUACGAGACUAGCGGUGGAGGUGGCGGUAGAAGGAGCCGUGAGGAGGAGCACGAGAGUAGAUCUGGCAGUGAUAACAUGGACGGUGGCGCCUCCGGUGACGAUCCCGAUGCCGACGACGGAAAACCACCCAGAAAAAAAAGAUACCACCGUCAUACACCUCAACAAAUCCAAGAACUUGAAGCAUUAUUCAAAGAGUGCCCUCAUCCUGAUGAAAAACAACGACUGGAACUUAGCAGAAGAUUAUGUUUAGAGACUCGACAAGUCAAGUUUUGGUUCCAAAAUCGUCGUACCCAGAUGAAAACGCAAUUAGAACGGCACGAGAACUCGAUUCUUAGACAAGAAAACGAUAAGCUCCGAGCAGAAAACAUGUCGAUUCGAGAGGCAAUGAGGAACCCAAUUUGCACGAAUUGUGGUGGUCCGGCAAUGAUCGGUGAUAUCUCAUUAGAAGAACAACAUCUUAGGAUCGAGAAUGCCCGAUUAAAAGAUGAAUUAGAUCGUGUUUGUGCGCUCGCCGGAAAAUUCCUCGGCCACCCCAUCUCCUCCAUGGCUCCUCCCAUGCCCAACUCGAGUUUAGAACUCGGUGUUGGCGGGAACCACUUUGGCGGUGGAGGCCGAGUCCUUAGUUCCACCGCCUCGGCAUUGCCUUUAGGACCACCGGAUUUUGGUGUCGGGAUUUCCAGUGCAUCUUCGGUUCCGUCUUCAAGAGCAAAUAAUAACGUGAUGGGAAUCGAUCAUUCUCUUGAGCGAUCGAUGUAUCUCGAGCUUGCUUUAGCUGCUAUGGACGAAUUGGUCAAAUUGGCUCAGACUGAAGAGCCUCUUUGGCUUCGGACCUUGGAAGGCGGCCGUGAGAUUAUGAACCAAAAUGAGUAUUCACGGGCUAUUACUCCGUGUAUCGGGCUGAAACCGAAUGAGUAUGUUUCCGAGGCCUCGAGGGAGACCGGAAUGGUGAUCAUUAAUAGCUUGGCUCUCGUUGAAACGCUCAUGGAUUCGAACAAAUGGGCAGAAAUGUUUCCAUGUAUGAUUGCUAGAACUUCAACAACAGAUGUGAUUUCAAAUGGGAUGGGAGGAACCAGAAAUGGUGCACUUCAAUUGAUGCACGCCGAGUUACAAGUUUUAUCCCCGUUGGUUCCUGUCCGGGAGGUCAAUUUCCUCCGGUUUUGCAAGCAACACGCGGAGGGCGUGUGGGCCGUGGUCGAUGUUUCGAUUGAUACGAUUCGAGAAAACUCAUCGGCUUUCUCGAGUUGCCGGAGGCUUCCUUCCGGUUGCGUUGUUCAAGAUAUGCCCAAUGGCUAUUCUAAGGUUACGUGGGUGGAACAUGCGGAAUAUGACGAAAGUGCGGUGCACGAGCUUUACCGGCCGUUGAUCCGUGCCGGGAUGGGGUUUGGUGCGCAACGAUGGGUGGCCGCCCUACAACGGCAAUGUGAAUGCCUUGCCAUUCUCAUGUCGUCCGCCGUGCCUUCUAGAGAUCACACCGCAAUAACAGCGAGUGGGAGGAAGAGCAUGCUGAAACUAGCUCAACGAAUGACAGAUAAUUUCUGCGCUGGUGUUUGCGCGUCCACCGUGUAUAAAUGGAACAAACUUUGUGCAAACAACGUCGACGAAGAUGUUCGAGUGAUGACAAGGCAAAGCGUCGAUGACCCCGGUGAGCCACCCGGGAUCGUUUUAAGUGCGGCCACUUCGGUUUGGUUGCCGGUGUCACCUCAACGACUGUUCGAUUUCCUUCGUGACGAACGGUUGCGGAGCGAAUGGGACAUCUUGUCCAACGGAGGACCGAUGCAAGAAAUGGCCCAUAUCGCCAAGGGCCAAGAUCACGGCAACUGCGUCUCCCUCCUUCGUGCCAGUGCAAUGAAUGCCAACCAGAGCAGUAUGCUGAUUCUACAAGAAACAUGCAUCGAUGCGGCUGGGUCGCUGGUAGUGUAUGCUCCGGUGGACAUUCCGGCCAUGCAUGUGGUGAUGAAUGGCGGUGAUUCGGCUUAUGUUGCUUUAUUGCCGUCAGGGUUUGCCAUAGUCCCGGAUGGGCCUGGUAAUCGUGGCGUGUCGGAGACUGAUAAUGGUGGGGUUGGUGGAGGCAGUGGUGGUGGGGCUGGUGGAUCUCUAUUGACGGUUGCGUUUCAGAUCCUUGUGAAUAGCCUUCCUACCGCUAAGCUUACGGUGGAGUCGGUGGAGACGGUUAAUAAUCUGAUAUCGUGUACGGUUCAGAAGAUCAAAGCGGCCCUUCCAUCUGACAGCUAAAUAUUUUAUGGCGUUUUAGGGUUUUUGAGACACGGAAAUUAUUGUGUAUGAUCGAUAACGAUCCGUCAUACACCAUAAUUUCCAUGGUGGUUUAUGGUGGCAGUCCGUUGUUUCGAUGGUGUGGGAUGGUGGUGAAAUGUGAAUGAUAAUAGUGUUAUUUAAAGAAUUUUUGGGGUGAGUCAAGAA